AUAAUUUAUAUUUAAAUAAAUUAUGAUAAUUUUUUUUAUUAUUAAUUAAUUAAUUACUCAAUUUAAAAUUCAUAUGCAAAAUAACGUCUUCAUAAUCGGAAAUAGUAUUACAGCAGUGGAACGGAUAAGCCCAACCAAAUAAAAUAAGAAACAAAAAAUUGGAAAUUGGACAACUACUAUAUAACAAAUUCCAAUCGGAAAAAGCAGUUCCUCUGGCCUCUGCGAUUCAUUUUCUGCGUAAAAAGGGAAAUAAAGGUGCAAAAUCGGGGACUGGGGAAUCGGUGUUUUCUGUAACUGAAAGCGGAGGGGUGUGGCUGUGGAUCUGCUUGAAAUCCGUUUACUCUUUUCACUGCUUUUGCCGUCCGAUAGCGAUUUCUCCUUCCAGACCAUAAUUUUCAUCUUCAGUAUUUUCAGGUCCCUGGUUGAAGCGUCAUGGCUUCCAAGCGUAUUUUGAAGGAACUUAAGGAUUUGCAGAAAGAUCCACCUACUUCUUGCAGUGCAGGUCCUGUAGCUGAAGACAUGUUCCACUGGCAAGCAACAAUCAUGGGGCCAUCUGAUAGCCCAUAUGCGGGAGGCGUAUUUCUAGUUACUAUCCAUUUUCCUCCUGAUUAUCCAUUCAAGCCUCCAAAGGUUGCAUUUAGGACAAAGGUGUUUCACCCAAACAUAAACAGUAAUGGGAGCAUUUGUCUUGAUAUACUCAAAGAACAAUGGAGCCCUGCUCUUACCAUUUCUAAGGUACUGCUCUCCAUUUGCUCAUUGCUGACUGAUCCAAAUCCUGAUGACCCUCUUGUACCAGAGAUUGCCCAUAUGUACAAGACUGAUCGAGCCAAGUAUGAAGCAACUGCUCGCAGCGGGACACAGAAGUAUGCCAUGGGAUGAUAGAUAAUCAGAUACUGUACAAAUGGGUUGUGUCUAUUUGUGAAAUGUGUAGAAUCCGUUUUAACUUUUGGACUUGGUCUGAGAGGGAGGGGGUUGGUGUUAGGGAAUGAACUUGAGUUCUUCAGUGGAAACUAUGGUUUGGGGAUUGGCUGGAAAAUAACUUUAUUUCCUGGAUGUUUUGAUGUAGACAAUGUCUGUUGUUUAAAGCUCUUAUUUUCUCUGGUGUUAAACCUCUUCUUCGCUUGGUGAUUUGAUCCAAUAAUAUUAUGCUCUUAUCAUGGGCUUUUUCUUCUCA